AUGGCUGGGUCAACCGUGUGGCGUUGCGCCGGUUUGUUAUUAUUUAUCGUUGUGGCGAGUGCUUCCUUUUCUGGACUUUACAUUGAUAACGGUGUGGAUCAGACUAUUAUUCACCAUUCUAUGACGCGUCACGAAAGACAGGUCGUCGAACACGAAAUACUUGAGUUGUUGGGUCUCGGAGAAAGACCGCGGAGAGCUCAAGUGCCAGCUACGGACAGAUCAGCGCCAAGCUUCUUGUUAGAUGUUUACAAGCAACUAGCGGAGGAGCAUGAGCAAGCUAGGCCGACUCGCAGUUCCGAAAUGGCACUCAGUGGAGACGAACAACAUGCUAUUGAUGAAAGUGAUCUUAUCAUGACCUUUCAAAGCAAAAAACAUCAUCUAGGCGUCCUUCGUCAUGGACACGGAAGACACGUUUGGUUUGAAGUAACGGGUGCUCCAGGAGAUGCCUCUUCUUUACUGACUGCUGAACUUCGGUUACAUCAAGCAGCAUCGCAUACAGCUGAGCCAGCCAGCCUUUAUACUGUGGUAGUACAUCGAGUUAUCAAUGUUGAUAAUUUAGGUGGUUUGCAAAUGGAGGAACUUGCGGCAGUAAAUACGAGUGCCAGUGCCGAGGGAUGGCUGGAGUUUAACGUCACAGGAGCGUUGGCCACUUGGCUCGGGGCACCGGCGGAUAAUCGGGGGUUCUUCAUUACAUUGCAUCCUCACACCCAGCCAGAACGCCACGUAAAACCCGAAGAAAUUGGUUUAGAAGAAAACCACGGGCCUAACUCUGAAGGCAAGCAGCCGUUUUUGGUGGCAUUUUUCAAGAAUGGACCUAAGCUGGGUAACACCGAUGCAGGAGCGAGACGCAAGCGGGAAGCGCGAAGGUGGCGAACGCAUGGGUAUUCCGAGAAUUAUCUGAGAAAUCCCCUUACAGAUACUUCACAUUGGACGACGCGUAGUUGUGAAAUUCAAACACUGUACGUUAGUUUCAAGGACUUGGAGUGGCAGGAUUGGAUAAUAGCGCCAGAAGGAUAUGGAGCGUUCUAUUGCAGCGGAGAAUGCAACUUUCCUUUGAAUGCCCACAAAAAUGCUACGAACCACGCCAUAGUUCAAACACUAGUACACUUGCUAAAUCCCACGCAGGUCCCAAAACCGUCGUGCGCGCCAAUCAAGUUGUCUCCGAUUUCAGUGCUUUAUUAUACAGAUGAUUCGAAUGUGAUUCUCCGGAAGUACAAGAACAUGGUCGUGAAGAGCUGCGGGUGCCAUUAA